AUGAUGAGACCACGCUGCCUCAGCCUCCGGUGCCUCCGUGACAGGGAGAUGCUGGAGAGAAUCGCGGCCGUGGCCCCUCAACUGAUGGAAAUAAGUGAAUACCUGGCACGGGCUAGGGACCCGGAACCUGCCUCGACCCUCCGCACCCCGCCGCGUCGCCGGUCGCCCUCUCCGAGGGCUUCGCCGCAGUCGAGGCGCCCCCCCUCCGCACCGGCUACGUUCUGCCAUAGGUGGCCAGACUACCGGGAGGAUUCCGAGGAGGAGGUGGGGCACGAGAGGGCCCCGUCCUGCCCUCCCUAUUCUGAGUCCCCCCUCCCGGGGGACUCUUCGCCGUCUGCGGGCCACCCGCCGUCCCGCCGUCCUGCGACGGCGCCCGCUGGAUCACGUCACCGUGUCAGGCAAGUUAUUCUGCCCGCCGAGCCGGAGGAACCCGCGGGGCCGCGCCGGGCCGCGUCGUAUUCCCCUAGUGCCGGGGCCGGAAGGCGCCCCUCACUGCUGCCUCGGUCCCCGAGCUGCUCGGCAGGGGCCCAGGGGCCAUCGAGGGCUUUGGGGACUCCGGGGGCCUCCUCCUCCUCCUCGACCUCGUCCUCGCACCCAUCAACUUCGUCGGCGGCGAGCACCUCCGGAUCCUCGGCUUCCUCGAAAUUCAACCUCGAAGUUCAAGAACAAGGUCGCGCUCCCCGCUUGGGCCUCCUCGCGCGGCUGCCCCCGCCGACCCUGCGCCGCCCCAGCCGCCGCCAUAUUGGACGUAUUCGCACGAUAGGAACAGCCGUAGAGUGA